UAAAAUAAAGUAUUUUAGUGUUUUUUAAUAGAGAUUUAUUGAAACGAUAUAGUUUUAGAUGAUUUUUCUCUUCAUCUUUGAGAAAAAAGGUGAAUAGGUUUUCAUUUUCAUUAACUGGGUAGGUUUUCAUUUUUAUUAACUGGGUAGGUUUUUAGAUUUACAUAGAAUUCCUUCAGCUAGACAAAUUGGCAAACAGUUGGUGAUAUAAAUCCAUUUUUCAUGUCUCUGAAUUUCUGGGUAUAAACGGAGACAAAUUGAAUCUCAAUGGAGAUUUCUCUUGCUUUCCCGCAUAAAAGCUUGAAAUCUAUAGGGGAAGAUGUUGUUGAUGCAAUUUUGCCCAUAUCGAAACUCCUCUCCAUAGCUCUAGUUGGUUUCAUUCUUACCCACCCAAAAAUCAAACUACUCCCAAAAGCAACUCUCAAGCUACUGGGCAGGCUCGUAUUUGCUCUGCUCCUCCCAUGUUUCAUUUUCAUCCGCCUUGGUCCUAACAUUUCUCUCAAGCAUGUCGUCGAAUGGUGGUUCAUCCCUUUAAAUGUCGUCAUCAGCACCGUCGUCGGCUGCGUCCUCGGUUGCUUGGUGGCAUUUAUCUGCCGGCCGCCACCUGAGUUCUUCCGGUUCACCGUUAUCAUGACUGCGUUUGGAAAUACCGGGAACAUCCCCAUUGCUUUGGUUUCAGCGGUAUGCCACACCACGGAUAACCCGUUUGGGUCCUCCUGCUUAGAGGGCCUUGCGUAUGCAACGUUUUCUCACUGGGUUUCUGUUAUUCUUGUUUAUACCUUCGUUUAUCACAUGAUGAAGCCACCACUGGAGCACCAUGAGAUUGCGACGGAGGCGGAGGAGGAGGAGGAGGAGGAGGGGGAGGGGGAGGAGGAGAUCUUGGAAGUAGAAGAGGAACAAGUACAUGUCAAUAGCAGCACGCCACUCCUCGUUGAAGCAGAGUGGCCAGAAAUGGAGGAGAAAGCAACCGAGCACUGCGAAACACCCUUCAUUGCAAUGAUCUGCAACAGCUUAGCUGGAGUAUCCAGAACAGAUAUUCACGAUAUCGAAUCAACGGAUGAAGAAAAUCCAACCAGUCCCAAGUCCAUCAGAUGUCUGGCUGAGCCAAAAAUGGUGAACAAAAUCAGGAUUGUUGCGAAACAUACUCCAAUCCGUUACAUUCUCCAGCCUCCCUUGAUAGUCACAGUAUUAACCAUAGUCAUAGGAAUGAUUCCCAAGCUGAACACCUUUGUUUUCAGCCCUGACACUGCCUUCUCCGUCAUCACAGGCAGCUUAGAGAUCAUCGCGGAGGCAAUGGUGCCUUCACUGAUGCUGAUUCUGGGAGGAAUGCUAACGGAGGGACCAAAUGAAUCUGGGCUAGGAAUUCUUACCACUGCAGGAAUCAUCAUAGCAAGGCUUCUGGUGCUUCCCUUUAUAGGAAUUGGGAUCAUUCAGUUAGCCAAUAAAUGGAAUCUGUUGAUGUCUGGGAACGAAUUGUAUAGAUUUGUGCUUCUGCUUCAGUACACAACACCAAGUGCUAUCCUGUUGGGAGCUGUGGCAGGCCUGAGGGGAUAUGCUCUUAAGGAGGCUUCAGCUCUUUUGUUCUGGCAGCAUGUUUUUGCACUGUUCUCCCUUUCAAUAUACUUGGUAGUCUACUUCAGACUGCUGAUUUCUUAAGUCUGAGGUUUGUUCAUACAUAAUUCUCUGAAUGCUCUGUUUAGGAUUUGAAUUUGAGUACAGGGCACUGAAAGAAAAAAGGUGGAUUUGAAAUCUAAUUGAAAUAAAUUGUGUAUUACCAUAGAAAAAAAGAAAAAAAAAAAAAAGAAAACAAGGGAGAAAUACAUUGUUGUGUGUUUCAUCAAGGGAGAAAAUCCCACAUUUCACAAAUAUUUUUGGAAUCUACAUAUUAUUGGGAAGGAUGAGAUUAAGUAUCAUCUGAACUAGCAAAAAUAUUACUUUAAAGAAAUGUGUGCUUAAACA